AUGGAAGGAAGGGCAGGAAGGAACCAACAUAGCUUAGCAACUGCCGCCCUAAAAUCUGAACUCGACGCUGAGGUCACUCGCAAAGCAAGCUCGGAAGACAAAAAGCUCGGCCCGAGUGGCGUAGUCUGCUGGGAGGGAGACCGGAAGGAGGCGACAAGAGAAAGAAGAGCAACAGCCCUCCGUGGCUUGCGGAGCGCGCCGCGGGGUAGCCCAGGCGCCGAUCCAAGACUUCUUGCUCGAGUGCCACGGGCACUGCGAACCAAGAAGCGCAGGGAGGCGCGUCGGGCAAGUCGGCGUCGGUACACGGUCGAUCGGAGCCCGUUCCUCCCCCGAGAUCCGACAUCACUCAGGGCCGAGGCAACACGAACGAAGACGCGCAGGUCGGCGCGUCGGGCAGGUCGGCGCGGGUAUACCCCGCCGAGCCGAGCCGGUCACUGGGAAAAAUGGCUGGGCUGUGGCCGUGCGCCAGAGGAGGAGGAGGAGGAGGAGGAGGAGGAGGAGGAGGAGGAGGAGGAGGAGGAGGGGAAGGCUCCCGAGGGAGGAGCUGGGGACUCCGGUGCCAGCGGGCACCCGGGCUUCGGGACUCCGCUCCGCGCGUCUACGCCAGAGCAGGCCUGCUGGGCCAUGGGGCACUCGCUGCAAACCGUGGGGCAGCCAAGACGAUGGACGCCGCCUGCGACCUGCUCCGCUUGUGGAGGACAUGAUAUGUGGCACACGGGUGUGACGAUUACAGCAAAAGAUGACACCGCAAUGAUCUAA